CACAAUCUCAACAACAAUUCGACACUUUCAUUUCUUGGAGGCCUAACACCCCCGCACUACCACGCGUCCACCAACAACUCCCUCGUCUCAGAUUUCCACUCCCUCAUACCCCCUCCUCCACCCCCGUCAUCAAUCCUACGAAGCCUCAACAACCAGCACAGCGGAACAGGAAACGGAAGUCACGUGGUCGGAGGCCAUUUUGGUUUUCAAGAUGGCGGUUUUCAGUCAUCGCUUCCUGUCGCGACGACGAUUUCAUCCAGCACGUCCGCGUCGUCGUUGUCGUUGUUGGGUAGUAGCAGCGGUGGGGGUGGGGGUGGGGGCGGGGGUGGGACGGAGAGGUUGAAGAAACAAAAACGACAUCUGCAAAGUUUAGAUUCUACUUCAGAUUCAGUAACGAAACUGCAGAGCAACAGCAACAACAACAACAACUCGCAGCAAAUGACGUCAUCAUCGUCAACAACAUCGUCAACAAAACAUAGACAUAAUAAUAACUCGACCGGAACAGGAAUCGCCACUACAACUACUACAACCUCGUCGUCAACAACAACAAAUAACAAUAAUAAUAAUUUUGACAAUGAAGACGCUAGUUCUAGUGGCGAAGGCAAUGGAGACAAGAAGUCGAAACGGCAACGACGACAGCGGACGCAUUUUACGAGUCAGCAGCUUCAAGAACUGGAAGCCACAUUCCAGAGAAACAGAUAUCCAGAUAUGGCAACGAGGGAAGAGAUUGCCGCCUGGACGAGUCUUACGGAGGCUAGAGUCCGGGUCUGGUUCAAGAACAGACGAGCGAAAUGGCGCAAGAAGGAACGCAACCUGGAAACGCUGAAGAACGGCUUCGGUCCGCAGUUCAACAGCUUCAUGCAGCCAUUUGACAGUGGAGCGUUGUACGCCGCUGCUAGCUACAACUACUCGCCCUACAACAGCUGGGAGCCCAAGCUGACUCCCCCCACACCGAAGAACAUCCUCCCGUGGAACACCCACCCACUCAACUCUCUCACCUCAUCUCACCAUCUCUCUUCGGCAGCCUGCGUCAACAUACCACAGCAAAUGUGCUUCACAGCUUCAACUAACCACCCACUCAUGUCCGGUCUGACAGGAGGGAGUGGAGUUCUGGGGUCUGCGGCCAGCCCUCCGAGCCCCUACUCAACGUCAACAAAUCACCCGAGAUCCUACUUAGCAGCGUACGCCAGCAUGAGAGAUUACACGAGUGGCACUAGCAACGGCGUUUCAUUAGCAUCCAACCUAAACAACCUAAACAACAACAACAACAACAGCCCACUUGCCAGUAGCUUAAACAACAACAACAGCAACAACAGCAGCAGCAGUAGCUUAGCAGCUUUGCGGUUGAAAGCCAAGCAGCACGCUACAACUUCAGCUUUCCCUUACGCCUCGUCAAUGGUCAUGACCUCGAGGCAGACGCCCAUGUCCGCCUGUCAGUAUGGUGGGGCAUCACUCCUACCCUAACCACUGCUCUGAUUACUGUCAUAGACUGAAUUUUUUAAUCAUUUUCUUGGAGAAUUUUUGUUGCUGUUUUAAAAUUUGCAUAUUGGUUUGUAUAGAUAUAUAUAAAUAAACAAAUGUAACUGGGGGUAUAGAAAUCAGUAAGUUGAUAUUGUAUAU